AUGUCUGCCUCCCCCGUCCCCACCCCGCUCUUCCACGCUGAGCUCCUCCCCAACAUCCGCUCAAUCUCAAUCUCAAUAACGCUCCCCACACCGUCCACGCCCACCACCUGCCUCACCCUCACAAGCCCCACCAAGCUCCUCCUCGUGCACAAUGGCACAUCAACACCCCUCCCGCUCCCUGCUGCCGUCGCCGUACGCGUCGCCACAUCAACCCUCCGAACCACCGCCAUAGGCGAAAAAACACUCUCGUACCGCCUCCCCGUCGCAGCUCCCGCCUCACCUCCAAACAACGAGCCCGCGGAGAACUAUGUCCCGUGGACCGCGGCCGCCCUGGCACAGUCUGGGAAGAGCGUCUCGCUCAUGUGCAAGGCGUGUGCAUGCGUGCUCGUUGAUGGUGCGGCCGUGAAGACGUGGAAGGAUCUGCCGUCGGGCAAUUGGGCCGAGAUGAUGGAGUUCUGGCAUUGCCAUAAGCCCGGGCCCGACAAGAAGAAGCAGCAGAUUAAUGGGGCUCAUACUAAUGCUCAUACUGCUCCUAUCGCCGCCGCCGCCGCCGCCGCCGCCGCGACGAAUGGCGAGGGGGCGAGGUAUGGCGUGCUUCAGGGUGGGUUUGGAGCUGAGGCGGGCACGGUGCUGGUGGAUUUGACGUAUUUUUUGGUUGCGCAGGCGGAUUGUGUGGGUGUGCAGGUUGUUGAGUCAACCCAAUACCCGCACGGCCUCUACUGCACAAACUGCAAAGCCCACCUCGGCGCCACCGACCCCCAGACACGCAGCUACAGCCUCAACAAGUGGAAGCUCAAGCUGCACCUCUCUGCGCACGGCAUCAGCGAGGAGUACUCGUACCCGCUCGAGCCAUUCCUUGCCGCCAAGCUGCUCGCGCUCGCCGAGGGCGAGGGAGUGCGGCGUAUGCUUGUCUCCUCCUCUGCGCAGGAGGAGAAGAGCAAGUUGCGCCUGUGGCUGUUUAGCACGGACGUGAGGUACACGAGCAGCGCGGUGGAGAGGCCGAUGAGGGCUGUGAAGGUGUUUUAUCAGGAAGAUGACGGUGCGGAGGGGGGUGGGCAGCAGCAGCAGGGGACGGCGAUGGGGAGUGGCGGGUUUGAGGAGGUGAGGUUGCAGGGGGAGAUGGUGGCGGGGUUGAGGGAGAGGUUUGAGGAGGGGGUGGCGUUGGAGGUCGCGGUGGGGGGCUUGGGCGGGUGGAAGGUGGGGUAUCUCAUGAGGUUUGAGAGGGAGAAUACGGUGAUGAGGGGGUAA